AUGUUUAGAAAGAAUGAACAAAAUCUCAAUGAUGCUUGUAGUCUAAGAAGUCAACGACUUAAUGGACUAAGAGAAAAAAAGAGGGAUGAAAUGUUAAAAAAGAAAAGAACAUUAGACGAUAACAAUUCACUACUACAAGUUAUAGGACUUAAUGACAAUGAUAUUGAAAUUGCUAUGACAUUGCUACAACAAAAUAAUCAAUCAGCAACUAUUUCUACUCUUCAAAUGUUACAUAAAAUUUGUAAUGCUCUUGGAAAACGAAGUGAAGCUGCUGAGUCACAUUAUUAUGACUUACUUAUUAAUAAUGGAGUUAUGAGAAAGAUGAUAGAAUUACUUAAAACAAAUAUUCCUAUUAAUUCUAAAAAAGAUAUUCUUUUUGUUGUUAUUAAUUGUUCUUCUUGUGAAAGGCAUCAUGUAAAUGCAUUAUUAUUCAAUGGAAUUAUUGAAGCAACUCUACCAUUAUUAAAUCAACCUGAAUUACAACUUGACAUUAUAUGGACUUAUUGUAAUAUUUCAUCAGAAACUGUUGAUACUAGAAAUAUUGUAUUUGAAAAGUCAGGUAAACUUAUUCUUUCAAUAGUACCAACUGUUUGUGAUCCAGAAAUUUUAUCAAAGAUAGCAUGGUUAUUUAGUAAUUUUUGUAGAUUUAAACCAUCAAUUCCAGAACAACAAUUAGAACCAUUUAUAAAUUAUUUAUUCAAUAUUUCUAAUCAAGACAAUCCUGAUUUAGUAUUACAAGCAAUGACAGGUUUUGUUUCCUUAUGUGAAAAUAAUGAUAAUUGUUAUCGUUAUGCUAAUAACUUACUUCCAGUUGUAAUUCGAUACUCCAGAUCAACAAAUGAUAAUAUUUGUCUUGCUGCUAUUUCGUGUAUUGGCUCCAUUGCUUCUAUAUCUGAUAUUCUCAUUCAGUCAUUAAUAGAAAAUGAUGUUCUUAAUAUUAUUGCAAAAAUUUUAGAUCAACGUGAUAAUGAAAUAAUAAGAUCAGCAUUAUGGACUUUAUCCAAUUUAGUAUUUUGUUCUACAUUAAACGUUGCAAAUAUGAUCUGUUCUAAUGGAUUACUUCAAUCAGUUAUUUUUGAAGGAGCUACAACUGUAUCUACACCUUUAAAAAUUGAGUGUGGAUGGGUAUUAGUAAAUGCCUUAGAAAAGGUUGAUGAUAUGGGACUAACUUAUAUUUCUCAAACAGAAGGAGUUUAUAAUUUUAUUUCACAGUUGCUUAUAAUUGAAUUAAAGAAUCGAGAACAAUUUAUUGAGAACUUAUUGAUUGGAAUACGAAGGUUGUUGAUAUUGGGUGAAGAAAUGAUUAAUGAUGAAGGACAAAAUGAAAUUGCUGUUUCAUUUGAAGAAGUAGAUGCUGUAAAUUUGAUUAAUAAUUUGACGUUUGAUGAAUUUUCUUUGUCUCAGUCAAUACAAAAGAUUGCAUCUGAUAUUAUUUCUCAGUUUUAUGAUGGUUAUUUUGAUGAAGAAGAUUUCUAA